UUUUCACAACAUCUCUGUUGUAUGUGUGUGUUUUCUCUUAGGUCUUCUUUGGAGUUGCAGAUAGCUAGUCAUAGCCUAAAACCAAGGGGCUUAUCAGAAGAACUUGAGAGAAAGAGAGAGAGAAAGUAGGGAAUUUCAUUACACCAACUUCUUUAAGUCCUGGAAGAAAUCUUGGAAAUGGUGCAAGAUUGAAGUGAUUCUGUUCUUGCUCCAAAUACUAAAAUACUAUCUACUGAAUCAGUGAGUUAAGCCCGUACAGGUUGAAGUGAUUCUGUUUUGAGAACGGUGAAUAUGGUUGUCCUAGAACUGGCAAAUCUUGGUGAACAAAAUAUUUGGUGUUUUUCUGAAAACUGUUGCGGGAAAAGACAAGACAACAUAUGUAGACAGAAGAUACAAAUCAGUUCAGAACAAGAACAAGAAACAAUAAUACAGAAUUCCUCAACAAUAAUGUCCUCCUCAAAGAUCUCCCCAAUCAUUUCUGGUUUUGUCUUCUUUCUGUUCUUCAUUAUCUUCUCCGCUUCUCCAGCCGGAGCACUGGAACCCGGCCGUCCCAGUCAAGCCAACCAGACUUUCCGGCCCGGCGACGAGUUACAGAAGAUGAAAACGGUCCGGGCUCAUCUCAUGAAGAUCAACAAGCCUGCUAUCAAGACAAUUCAGAGCCCCGACGGCGACAUUAUAGACUGCGUUUUAUCCCAUAAACAGCCCGCUUUUGAUCAUCCACAACUGAAGGGCCAAAAGCCAUUGGAUCCGCCGGAACGACCCAAAGGGCACAAAAAAAUGUCUUUCUUGCCGUGGCCGGAAAACUUUCAGCUGUGGAGCCUAGCUGGGGAAUCAUGCCCGGAAGGAACAGUUCCGAUCAGAAGAACGUCGGAGCAAGAUGUUCUCAGAGCCAGUUCUAUCACCAAAUUCGGAAGAAAGUUAGCAAGGCCUGUAAGAAGAGACUCCAGCUCAAACGAUGGCCAUGAGCAUGCAGUUGGAUAUGUAAGUGGAGAUGAAUACUAUGGAGCAAAAGCAAGUAUAAAUGUAUGGGCACCUGUUGUGGCUAAUCAGUAUGAGUUCAGCUUAUCACAGAUAUGGAUAAUCUCUGGUUCAUUUGGAGAUGAUCUUAACACCAUUGAAGCUGGUUGGCAGGUUAGCCCAGAGCUUUAUGGAGACAAUUUUCCAAGAUUCUUCACAUACUGGACAAGUGAUUCAUAUCAAGGAACUGGGUGUUACAAUUUGCUAUGCUCAGGCUUUGUCCAAACCAAUAAUAGAAUUGCGAUUGGGGCAGCCAUCUCUCCAACAUCCUCUUAUAAUGGGGGUCAAUAUGAUAUCAGCAUUUUAAUUUGGAAGGAUCCAAAGCAUGGGAACUGGUGGCUAGAGUUUGGGUCAGGAGUUUUAGUUGGGUACUGGCCAUCUUUCUUGUUCACCCAUCUUAGAACAUCAGCAAGCAUGAUGCAAUUUGGAGGGGAGGUGGUGAACAGCAUGCCCUCUGGCUCUCACACUUCAACACAAAUGGGGAGUGGCCAUUUUGCAGGAGAAGGCUUUGGGAAAGCUUCAUAUUUCAGAAACCUGCAGAUUGUUGAUUGGGAUAACAGCUUAAUACCAUUGUCAAACCUUAAGGUUUUGGCAGACCAUCCUAAUUGCUAUGACAUACAAGCUGGUUCCAAUCGAGUUUGGGGCAAUUAUUUUUACUAUGGAGGACCUGGAAGAACCCCAAAAUGUCCAUAAACAUAUAUAAAACAUGCAUCCAUGCAUCCAUGCAUAAAAAAAGAAAAGAGUAUAAACUUCAUAUUUAUUA